AUGUACGGGUUUUCCAUCAAGCAAGUCUCCAUCGCCUCCGUCGACCUCAUCUACGAUCAUCUGCUCGACGGCGCCAUGGCGAUCGAGCACAGCACCGAGCCUCCCGUCCAGCCCAACCGCACCUUCAAGGGCAUUUCGCUGGUGGAAUCGGAGAACAAGGAGCUGCUCGAGCGGCUGGGGAGCGACAUGAUUUUGUUCACGGAGUGGUGCGAGCACUGGUGCAAUUGGCGGCGUCGCGGGUAUUUAGUGGCGGUGAACGAGCUCACGCGGAUCAUCCACAAUCAGUUCCGCAACGCGCAGAUCGAGUUGUACGGGAGUUCGCGAACGGGACUGAUGAUUCCGUCGUCGGAUGUGGACAUUGUGAUCGUGUAUAACGAGGAUUUGCUCGACAAGGUCGUCAACAUUUUGAUGGACAUUCCCUGGGUCCGCACGGUGAAGCACAUCAAGGGCUCCGUGCAGGUGGUCAAGGCCGAAAUCGAUCCGACGGUGAUGGCGAACACGACGGUGAUUCCCACGAUGGAGAAGAACAUUCUCGUCUUCGAUAUCACGCAGAUCUCCACCACGCACACCGGAAUCAACAGCGCCGUCGCCAUCAAGAACAAACUCAACCGCUUCUGGGAGCUCAAGCCGCUCAUCCUCUUUCUCAAAGAACUCCUCGUGGUUCUUUCGAAUUCGAUUCACGUACAGUACGAAAACAAACUCAACUCGCCGUACGAAGGAGGAAUGAACUCCGUCGCCGCCGUGAUCGUCGUCAUCGCGUACCUCUUCGCGUUUACCUCGACUCUAGGUUCUUCCACGAGUGGAUGA